AUGGAGAACGAGGGAAGUAAGAAAAACAAUCAGUCGGAAGAACCACCUGCUGGUUAUUCCAUAGGAAAACCAACGCAGACCUCCACUCUUAACUUUCAAGAAACAAUGCAAUAUAAACCAACAGAUUCUGGUAGUUCCCGAAUCACUCGGCGCUUUAUUGCGGAGGAUCCCACUCACAACCCAGAUGUUGUUCCUCCACUGGCUGAUUUGGUUAUUAAACAAAUUAUAGAGAAUUUUGCAUUCAAUUACAGUGCUCUUCCCCACCUCAACAAGGAACAACUGCAACGCGUAUUGGACGCUCUUCCGACGGACAUUCCUCUCAAGGUCGUGGCUCCCACUAUCUCUGAUGAGGCCUUUUGGCAGCGCAUGAGCCUCUCACGCUGGCCCGUGAUCGAUGUGGUUAAGCAUGGGAAUUCAUGGAAACGCGCUUUCUUUGAAAAUUACCUAGAGCAGAUGAUCCAUGAGUACGUGCCAGACCAGACCUAUCCAGUGUGGAUCGAGGAGGCAUUGCAAUUCGGCGCAGCCUAUGUUCGCCGCCUCGAUAUUAAGGAACUUCUUCCGCCGGAAAAAGUCAUGAUGAGAAACGCUAGGCGCUCAACUCUACCCGCCGGCUUCAUGAACAACGAACAGGGGCCUCGCGAUUUCGCAUCAAGCAAGAGAAAGUCUGAUGACUACAGUGACGACUUUGAUGAGCAGGCCGAAGAAGAGGGGGGUGGCGUUGGUGGCGGGGAGGGGGGGCUGGUCGGUGGGGUGGAAGAAGGUGGAAAUGGAGGUAUUGGCGGUAAUGGUGGCGAAGACGAUGAUGAAGGCGAGAUCAGUACCGUCGUAGACCACUUAGAUUUGGGUCAAGUCAUUGCCAAAUUGGAUCGAUUAACACAUCUUAGUGUACAAUACCGUGUUCGUAAUGUAGGUUUGGAUUUUGAGUGGAGCCAAUUUCAGUUUACUGGCCGUGAUUGCGUCAGUUUCUCCAAAGCAAUUCGCAACCAUACCUCGUUAAGGAUUCUGGAACUGGUGAACAGCCGUGUGGAUUGCGAGAAAUGUCGCGUGCUGGUCGGCCACCUUCUGGAUCACCCCUCGCUGGUAGCUCUUAAUCUGUCCCACAAUAUCAUCUCUGACUGGGGCGCCCGAGCGCUUGGAAAACUAAUCAACGGGCGUAGCCGACUGGAAUGUCUUGAUUUGACCAACAACCGUUUGAACGCGGAGGGAGCUGAGGCGUUAAGCCAUGCACUAGCAAAGGGCGCUGGCACACUAAUGAAACUCAACCUGCGUCUAAACCGCAUUCGUGACGAGGGCGCCAGCUCCAUCGCUCGGUCUUUGCUUCGAAAUACCACACUGAGAGAGCUCAACCUCGCUGCAAACAGCAUCGGCGAUGCAGCGAUCCUCGUCUUUGGCCAAGUUCUCACGCACAACUCGACUCUGCAGAAGUUGGACCUUUCCAACAAUAGUAUCGGUUCGGAAGCAGGCAAGAAAUUUCAAGAAUGCAUAGCUUCAAACCAGACCAUCAUCUACCUGGACCUUCGGUUCACUGGAAUCCCGCAGGUGUUUGAAUUCACUUUGCAACAGAAUAUCGAGGCCAACGACAACCGAUAUCGCAUGGAGCAGGAAAAGGAUGCCGAGACUGGGCACAUUUCGCUCCCUGGUCUGAUCAGCGUGGCGGUGAACAAAGUGAAACCAGAUUUGGAGAAGACCAAACCACGUCCUACCGUGUUCAGUCUUCAGUGA